AUGCCCUCGCAGCUGACCGUGACGAUCGCGCAAUCGACCGUCCUCAAUGCCAUCUCUAACAUCCUGGCGCAGCUGAUCGACCAGCGCAACAAGAGCGGGCCAUUCACUCUAAAUACACUGGCACUACUCCAGUUCAUGACCUAUGGCAUUCUGGUCGUGCCUGUCAACUUCUACUGGCAACGUGCCCUGGAGGCGCGCUACCCAGGAUUUCCCUCACGGGCGGAAAUCUCCAAUCUGUGGCGCUCGCUUUCACUAAAGUCGCUGCUGUCAUUUGCAUGGCUUCGGUCAUUCGUUUCUUCUAUCCUGGGAACAUCCAAGGACGAGGACGCUCUGCCGCUCCAGAAAGACAAGGAGAAGUGGGCGCCUUCGCGACGCUCGGGGCUGCAUAGCUUCGUGAUGAAGUUCUUUUUCGACCAGACGCUGGCGGGCGCGAUGAAUAUCGUGCUUUUCGUUGUUUUAAUCAAUUUCUUGAAGGGGGAGAGCGUCGGGCGUGUGUGGGAGCUAGUUCUUUUGGAUUUCCGACCCAUCAUGAAUGCGCGACUCAAAUAUCGCCCCGUCGUCUCGACUCUCAUGUACACCGUCAUCCCCGUUGACCGUCGAGUGGUCUUUGCGAGCGCGUGUGGCGUCAUCUGGGGCAUCUAUCUCAGUCUGUAUGCGGUGGUCUAA